CCGGUGUGCUGGGAGCCAGUGUUUAUAAUAAGGACUGCUGGCCACAGCUAAAAUGGGCAGUGAUGUACAGAGGCCCUGACCCAGGGGUCAACCAUCCUAGCUACAGGGGGAUCUGCCUCAGACCAAGGGAGUUGAAGGGACAGAAAGAAGACACCAGGCUCAGGGCACGGACGCCUUCCCAUUGCCCCUUGCAGUGGUCGCUGAGAAGGGAGAGGAGCAGCAGGUUGUGGGGGAUGGAGAAAAGGAAAAGGAGCCACAGGGCUUAACAGACCCUUCAAUCUCCUGGACGCGGCACCAUGACCCGCCCCGCGCCAUGAAGAAGGUCAGGACGGACAAGAUUAUGGCCGCCGUCAAUGAAUACCUCAAGAAAAGGAAUCUAGAGACACCCACGCCGGGAGGGACAGCCACCGAGCGCCAUGCCGGGGUGAUGGGGCUUGUGUCCCCGUCCACCCCCAACAGCUUCACCUUCUCCACCACCACCACACACCACUCACAGAUCGACCACCAGUAUGUCAGACUCAAGUCCUGGAUGAUGGAUGCGAGUGAGCCCUGCCGCUCCGAGUUGUCGCAAGUGUUGUUCCCGCUCUUCAUCCACCUCUACCUUGAGCUGGUGGCCGGCACUGGGCGACAGACGGCCAGGAAAUUCUUUGUCAAACACUACCAGGUGUUUCUGGUCAACCGCGACUAUGAAAACAUCCUGUCACAAGUCCUGAACGCUGCCAACAUCAACUCGGCCGUGGACAUGACAACCUCACCCAUUAUCCAGAAUCUCAAGAGUGGAAAGUACCUGGUGCGUCUGAGCGAGGUCACACUCAACUACUUCCUGCGUUACCUCAAGGCCACUGAGAACCCCACACUCCUACAGAUCUUUAACACAUACAUCGAGGUGGAGGUGGACGACUCAGGUGCCGGGAGCUCUGGCGCUGUCUUCCGCACCCCAGACACACACGCCGGGGCCUCGAAUGGCAUGGUAAACGGCCACACCCCAGAGUCCCUGACCUCGGAGACCAUGGCAGCCUCAGCGGACGGCCUCGACUGCACACAGGAGGAGCUGCAGAAGGUGAAGGACGCCAUUGCUCGUGUCCGAUCCGCCCAGCCUGUUCCGCCCUCGCUGUGUGUGUAUACGGUGUCGAACGCCUACAAUGGGCUCAGCUGUGCUUGUGUCAACUCGGACGGGAGCCUCCUGUCGUGUGGGUUCGAGGAUAGCGUGAUAAAACUAUGGAAGCUGACCGCCCCGGUGCAUAAUAUAGGGUUUACAAAAAAGACAAUCACCAUAGGGCCCAGAGGGGGUGUGUCCCAUCCGCUCCUAGCCUGUGAUGCCUCGCGGAUAGAGGACGAUGGGGAUGGCGGGGAGGAGGAGAAGGAUGAGGAGGAGGCGGCGGCGGAGACACGUAAUGGCGGGCGUCGGAGGAAUCGCGGCGGGGAGCUGUAUGCCCUGCGUGGCCACCGAGGGCCUGUCAUGGAUGCCUGCUUCACCCAUGACUCCUCACACCUGCUGUCGGUAAGCGAGGACACCACCAUGCGUCUGUGGAGCCUUGAGAGUGGGCAGGCCGUGGCUCUGUACCGCGGCCACAGCUACCCCGUAUGGUGCGUCACGGCGGCCCCGUUAACCAUGCACGUGGCCACUGGUUCAUACGACACCACCGCUAGGAUAUGGGCCACGGACUACACCUACCCCCUGCGGACCCUUGCCGGCCAUACCCAGUCGGUGGAUUGUCUCGCCUUCCACCCUAAUGGCACGUACCUGGCGACUGGUUCAUGCGACCGUUCCAUUAGGCUGUGGCAGGUGACAGAUGGGAACGCGGUACGGAUUCUCAUGAACCACAAGGCGCCUGUGAACUCCCUCGCCUUCUCCCCCAAUGGAAAGUAUCUUGCGUCUGGGGGCGAGGACGGCGUGGUGCUGGUGUGGGACCUGGCGGGGGCGCGGGUGUUGGCUGACCUGGGUGCUGGGGCCGAGGGAGGGAGCACCAGCAGCAGCAUGGACACCUCAGAGCACGUGGACCCCAUAGUUGGCCUUUGCUGGUCCACCGACUCCAACCUGUUAGUCUCGGCUUCGUCUGAUGGUUGUGUGCGGUCUAGCCACCUUAGGCAGACCACAGGCAGUGACGGCAGCAGCGGGUGGGAGCUGAGUGAGGUGCGAUCUGUGCUGUGCGGGAUUGGUACAAAUGGAGGGGGUGUCGGCGGGGGGCAGCUCCUCCACACCUCCCUCACCUGUCAUAAUUAUCUCACAGCUGUCACUGCUCUGGACGUGGAGAGAUAAAGGAGGGUGUCAGUUUUUCAUCCUUUGGUCUUUUCGUACUUAUCUCAUUCACUUGUUUAUCUUUUGUUUCUCAUUUCUCAUCCUUAUCUUAUUUAUCUCACUUUUUGUCUAUUUUCUUAUCCUUGUCCUCAUUCCCAUCUUCAUUGUUGUUCUCAUCCUCAUUCUGGUCUUUUUUUCUCUUCCUUUAUUUUUCUCAAUCCUUAUCUUCAUCCUUACUCAUGAGCUUUGUGCCUUUUUCUUCUUGUGUGUCUGUAGCCGUAACUCUUGUAUAUCCUUUUCCCAUGUCCUUUUCAAUACAUUUCAUCCUCUUCCUUUCCAAUUUACCUUUCUUCUCUUGUCUCAUUCUAGUUCAUCUUUCUCUUCUUUUUCCCUCCUCUCCUUUCCUUCCUUCACAUUUCCUUCUUCACUUCAUCUCCAUCCUCAUCUGUCGUUUUUGUCGCCCUCCUCCUGCACCUUCUCAUAGUGUUGUGUUGAGCUGGUCUCCUAAGUUCCCCCUCAUAAGUGCAUCCUAUAUAUGCAAUCCAGUACAUAAUCCAAGGUAAUACUAUGACCUCUUCCUAUAGUUAAGGCUUGAUCUCCCAGAAUGCUCAGAAGUGGAUGGAAGGUUGAAAGAAUAAGAUGUGGAAUUGGAAUGUGUCUUGACUUUGUGUUGUGUAUCAGUGUGUUGUCAAGAGGUGGGGAGUCAUGUGAGCGGAGGUUUGUGUCGAGGGCAAUAAUACGUAAUGAACCUACAUUGUUUUAAGUUUUCUUUCGUUAAAAAAAUGUUUGAUUUGUCAUGUUCGGAGAUUUCUGUAUGCAUUCUACUUCAUCACCUUGCAGUCCUAUGUAUGUUUUGCGUUUUCUUUAUCAUAUGUUUAAGUUUUGUCUAAUGAAACUUUGUCCUGGCUCGGAUAAGUGCUGUAGUAGGAAGCCAAGGUGUACAAAUUUUCUCGGUACAAUAAUAUGUGUAUUUUCGUACGUCCUGCCCACAAAAA